UGAGAUUUUAUUGUUUUUUGUUGGGUAUUUUUGCCUUGGAAAAUAUUUGGUGUUUGAGCGUGGCAGGAAAAGAUGGCUUCUUUGCAGGAACCAUUGCUACUGGAGAAUGGAAACUUGAAGGGUUCCAGCAAGGAGAUUCGCCAUGGCAGGACUGCACAAAACAUGUCGUCCUCGUCAUUGAGGAAAAAAUCGGACCUGACGCUUCUUACCAAGGUUCGAUAUGGAAUGCUUAGGCAGUUUCUGACCAAUCUUCAAGAGGUCAUUUUAGGGACUAAACUCUCAGUUCUUUUCCCUGCUAUUCCAUUUGCUGUUGUUGCUGACUGCUAUGGGUUUGCAAGACCAUGGGUUUUUUCAUUAAGUUUACUUGGACUUAUACCACUGGCUGAACGAGUUAGCUUUCUCACCGAGCAGAUUGCUUAUUACACUGGUCCAACAGUGGGAGGGCUGUUGAAUGCAACCUGUGGCAAUGCUACUGAGCUGAUCAUUGCAAUUUUUGCAUUAAGCCAAUAUAAAAUAGAUGUGGUCAAGUAUUCCCUACUUGGUUCUGUCCUAUCAAACCUGCUUUUGGUUCUUGGGACCUCUCUCUUCUGUGGCGGUAUUGCCAACCUGAGAGAGGAACAAAAAUAUGAUAGAAGACAAGCCGAUGUGAACUCUCUCCUUCUACUGCUAGCAUUAUUGUGCCAUUCGCUGCCAUUGUUGUUUCGAAUGGCUGGGGCAUCUGCUGCUGUCAAAGCCGAUCCAACACUGCAGUUGUCGAGAGCCAGCAGCAUUAUAAUGUUGAUUGCAUACCUUGCAUACCUGCUCUUCCAACUAUUCACACACCGGCAAUUGUUUGAAACUCAAGAGGAAUCAGAAGAUGACGAAGAUGGACUAUCAGAAGAAGCACCAGUAAUUGGAUUUUGGAGUGGAUUUAUAUGGCUAGUUGGAAUGACUGCUGUAAUCUCUCUGCUAUCUGAAUAUGUUGUACAAACAAUUGAGGAUGCCUCGGAUUCUUGGGGAAUUUCUGUCAGCUUCAUCAGCAUUAUUUUACUACCCAUUGUUGGAAAUGCAGCAGAACAUGCAGGAGCAAUCAUAUUUGCUUUUAAAAACAAGCUGGAUAUUUCUUUGGGUGUUGCAUUAGGAUCUGCAACUCAGAUUUCCAUGUUUGUGGUCCCACUCUGCGUGGUUGUCGCUUGGAUUAUGGGUAUUAAGAUGGAUCUUAACUUCAAUCUCCUUGAAACUGGCUCUCUCGCUCUAACAAUUAUUGCUGUUGCCUUCACUUUACAAGAUGGUACUUCUCACUACAUGAAAGGACUGGUUCUUCUACUGCUCUACAUUGUUAUUGGAGCUUGCUUUUUUGUAUCCAAAACACCUCCAAACCAGGUAAAUAUCACAAACUCGGGAACCAAAAUCCCUAUCGACUCAAUCUUAAGAGCUUGAUAAUCAAGCUUUGCCGUCUUGGGGUCACUCCCCUUUUGAAUCUGAUGAAAUGUCUGAAACUUCAACAAAGAUUUCAUGCAUGUAUUUGUUAUUUUUGUUAUGGUGUGGCCUGCCGGAAAGCUGACAAUUCGCAGUUACUCCUCCGCAUAGAAGUCGUCAUGCUGCCUUCAUGUUUCAAAGUUGAGAUGGAUACCAUUUAUAUAAAUAAAUGGUUUGGAUCGGUAAAUCGUGGAAGCUUGAUGAAGACAGGCUACAUGAGUACACAGCACAUUGUUCUGUCUGUGUAUAAAUCUCUCUCCAGUGUUUUUUUCUUUUUCUUUUUUUGUUGCUUUCAACUGAGGGUUGGUUUCUAAAUUAUGCCCUUAUAGUAGUGGCAAAUGAGCUAGUUCAUGGGUUUGUUUCCCUUUUGUAAUGCAGUUUAUCAAAAUAAAUGAAAUCCUUGUAGUUUUCAUUUGAAAAAUUAGCUUAUGGUUCCAUUUAAAUUUUGCCAUUCUAUAUUCGGUUAAUUUCAAAAGACUUGAUUUAUAUGCUUUUUCCCUUAAAAUG